AGCUUGCUCAUGGAGUCUCUGAUAGCUCCUUGGGCCACCGCUGGCAUCAGGUCCGCGCCAAGGGCCCUCAGCAACUUGCACUUGUCAACCAGCUCCACAGCCCGCCCUGCUGUAGCCAAUAACUACUUAGUGUAUUACUUACAACAGAAGGUUGAUCAUAUUGGAUUUCAUAAUGUGAAAACUUUCAAACAGCGGUACCUGAUAGCUAAUAAACACUGGAAGAAAGAUGGCGGCUCAAUACUUUUCUACUCUGAUAGUGAAGGGGACAGUACCUGGAUUUGCAAUAAUACGGGAUUCAUGUGGGAUGUGGCUGAGGAGAUGAAAGCUAUGCUGGUGUUUGCUGAGCAUCGAUACUAUGGAGAGUCUCUACCCUUUGGUGAGGACUCACUCAAGGAGUCCAAACACUUGAAUUAUCUGACAUCAGAUCAAGCGCUGGCUGAUUAUGCAGCAUUAAUCAGACACUUGAAAAGAACAAUUCCAGGAGUUGAAAAUCAACCUGUCAUUGCCAUCGGGGGCUCUUAUGGUGGCAUGCUUGCAUCCUGGUUCAGGAUGAAAUACCCUCAUAUAGUAGUUGGAGCUCUUGCAUCUUUUGCUCCUAUCUGGCACUUUAAGGAUUUGGUCCCCUGUGGUGAGUUUAUGAAGAUUGUAACAAGAGAUUUUACCAAAAAUGGUCCAAAUUGUUCAGAGAGCAUCCACAUGUCCUGAGGUGCCAUUAACCAACUGUCAAAAACAAGCAAUGGUCUACAAUGGCUUACUAAAGCCUUUCACCUGUGCAGCCCCUUAACUUCUGAAGACAUCCCAUAUCUAAAAGACUGGCUCUCUGAAACCUGGGUGAAUCUGGCUAUGAUGGACUACCCCUAUGCAUCUGACUUUUUACAACCUUUGCCUGCUUGGCCUAUCAAGGUAGUAUGCCAGUAUCUGAAACAUCCUCAUGUAUCUGACUCACUGCUACUGCAGAACAUUUUUCAAGCUCUGAAUGUAUAUUAUAAUUAUUCAGGCCAAGCAAAAUGCCUGAACUUUUCACAAGCAGCAACUAGCAGUCUAGGCUCCCUGGGCUGGAGCUAUCAGGUCUGCACAGAAAUGGUCAUGCCCUUCUGUACUAAUGGAAUUGAUGACAUGUUUGAACCGUACUUGUGGAACUUGAAGAAAUUUUCUGAUGACUGCUAUAGCCAGUGGGGAGUGAGACCAAGGCCCUUAUGGAUUACUACCAUGUAUGUUGGCAAAAACAUCAGUUCACACACAAACAUUGUUUUCAGCAAUGGCGAUCUAGAUCUCUGGUCAGGAGGUGGAGUAACCAAAGACAUCACAGAUACCCUGGUGGCAACCACCAUCCCACAGGGUGCCCAUCAUUUAGAUCUCAGAGCCUACACAAUCUUUGACCCUGUAACCCUGCUGUUAACCCCCACAAUGGAAAUUAGACACAUGAAGCGAUGGAUCGCAGGUUUCUACUCUGGAAGACAGCUCUGA